GACUGGAGUAAAAGAGAAACUGUGCGCUGAUUUUGAGCCUCAACUACCAAUUUACAUUAAGAUCUAGCAGUCUAUAACCAAAAUGGAUACGCAGUUUCUGAAAAUACCACCGAAGCGCACAUGAGUUUCUCUCCAGCUACAGUGUAACGUUAGUUUCACAGAAUGGACCUGCCGUGUGUCGAGUGGCAAAAGCAUGUUGAACAGAAGUGGAGCCGACUCACUCUUGAUGAGAAGAAAAGCUUCUCGUCCCUGUUGGACAUAGAUGAGGUCUUUGAUUUUGGCCUGUCUCAAAUAAUCCAAGAGGACGUAGACUUUCUGUCGGGCAUUUCUAAGGACUAUCCUAUUCAGAAGGACCUUGAGCGAGCUGCCAGAUGCCGGAAGGAGGGCAACUCCAGCUUUAAAGCCAGGGACUACACUGCUGCUGUCCUGCACUACUCACAGGGUGUGUGUCAUGCGUCUCUGAGCUCAGAGCAGCUCUCUCUGUGCUAUGCCAACCGUUCUGCAGCACUAUUCCACCUCCAACACUACAGGGAGUGCCUCGAGGACAUCGACAGAGCCCUGAACCAUGGCUACCCAAGUCACCUGAAGCACAAACUACAGGACAGACAGGCACAAUGCCUCAACCACUUCCCCAACGGGACAGAGGGGCUAAACACCACCAAGCAGGGGGCAGGACACCAGGCAGAGGGUGUGUGUAACAGGACCAACUCAACAAAGCCCAACCCAAAGUCCCCAAACUCCCAACAGCAGAAUGGGAGGUCUCCUGUGUCGUGUCUCUCCCCUGGAUUGUCCGUGUGCUUCAGCCCUGAAAAAGGGCGACACCUGGUGGCCACCAAGGGAAUCGCAGCCGGCGACGUGAUCUUGGAGGACAGGGCUUACAGCUGUGUGCUUAUACCCGGGAUGGGGGGAGAGAGAAGAGAGGAGACGGAGGAAGCAGGAAGAGUGUUUGGGACCGAGGUGAGGUGCUGUCAUCAGUGUUUGGGGGAGACGGUGAGCCCUGUGCCAUGUGAGGGGUGCAGCUACGCUCGCUACUGCUCAGAGGGGUGUCGGCGGGGCGCGUGGGAGCGGCAUCAUCGCUGGGAGUGUCCAAUCGGAGCCGAGCUGUGUACUGCGGGAGUGAUGUCACAGCUGGCGCUGAGGGUGGCGUUAAAGGCGGGGGUGAAGGAGGUACUGAAGGCACGGGAACCAAUCAGAGACGCGGAUAAUAAUUCUAAACUAAUCGGCGAGAAGAUUAGCUCCAAGAAUUCCAGUUCUAAGCCAAUCACAGAAAAGAUCCGCCCAAAGAAGAAGAAUUCUGGGUCGAGUGACGUCACCUCAACUGAGCCGGAGAUCAACGACCCCUCUGCUUAUUACCAUGGUGAUUCCUACCUGAGCGUCUACCACCUGCUGCCUCACCUGAAUGGCCACGCCCCCAGCCUGCGCUUCUUGUGCUCUGUCACCAUAGCAACGCUCUACCUGCGGCUGCGCCAGGCGGGACCUCCACCUGUGUCCUGGGAGAGGAGAGGAGCCUCAGAAAGCAGGAAGUGCAGUAACCAAUCGCAGGCCCCCGAGGAGGGAGAGGGCUGGGCUCCGGAGCUAAGCCUGCUGGGAAGUGUAGUGCUGAGGCACAUGUUGCAGCUGAGAUGUAAUGCCCAGGCAGUGAGCCUGCUCAGAGACACAGGUGAUUUUACUGCAGUGCAGUCCACCCAGGAAGUGCGCAUUGCCACGGCAAUAUUCCCCACACUGAGUAUCCUAAACCACUCCUGCUGCCCCAACACAAGCCUCAACUUCAGGACCUCUCACCUGGUCUCACCUCAACCAGACCUAGUCUCUACUGAUGAACUGGUUUCCACUGGUCCUGAGGCCUGUUCUGCUCCUGUCUCCGUAUCCGCUGGACUAGCUGUCUCUAUCAGAGCGUCCAGAGACAUCUGUCCUGGACAGGAAGUCCUCCACUGUUACGGUCCUCACAGCAGCAGGAUGGUGUUGUGUGAGCGUCGGCGCCUCCUACAGGAGCAGUACCACUUCCUGUGUAUCUGUCAGGCCUGCAGUCUGGAGCAGGGGAAGGGGCCAGAGGGCGGAGGGCCAGAGGGCGGAGGGCCAGACACACAUCUGCAGUGUGGGAAGUGCGAGGGACCUGUAAAGCAGUGCAGCGUGGACGGUGCAGGGGGGUUCGUGUGUGUGCGGUCGUCUUGCGCUCAUCGUGUGUCACGCUCUGAACUGGACCUCAGACUGCAGGAGGUCAGGGUUCAGCUGGAGCAGGCAGUGGACCUCCUGGAGACAGACAGACCAGACCAGUCUGUCCGGUUGUUACAGAGAGCCGUGUCUCAGGCUGGUGUCUUCCUGAAAGAGACUCAUCCUCUACAGGGACAACUGGCUGAUGCCAUGGCCAGAGCAUAUUCCACUAUGGGUGAGUGGCGAGGGGCAGCGUCUCAGUUGGAGCGUAGUGUUGUAGCCAUUCGUUCCCAGUAUGGAGAGGACAGUAUUGAACUGGGACAUCAGCUUUUUAAACUGGCACAGCUGCACUUCAAUGGGGGUUUCCCAGGUCCAGCGCUCUCUGUGAUCUCCAGGGCCAGAAGACUCCUGUCCCUCCACUGUGGACCCCACUGUCCUGAGGUACAGGAACUGCAGGCCAUGGAGGACUGUCUACAGGGGGUGUUGUAAGACAGACAUGCAGGGAGAGCUGUGUGUGAGAGAGAAACACGAGACUGUAGCAGUGCUGUAGUACUCGAGACCGGUCUCUUUGAGCGUCUCAGUCUUGUCUCUGUUACAGGAUACAUUUGUCCUCUGUCUUGACUCGGUCUCAGACAGAGAGGACUCUUCAUUUCUUCCUGAGACCAGCCAAGACCAGCGGAGUAAAAAAACAAAUGAUCAGCUUCCAUUUAAUAAGUACAUAAAACCGCCAAAUAUAUCCACUCCUUUCUUGAAACAUUUAAUACGUGAACAGCCUUUAAAUCUGUUAUAGACACAGUGGUGAACCUGAGCCUUCAACCCUUUGCUGCAGUCCAUGAUCAAAAAGUGCCCUCUUUGGCCUCAUGGGUGGAAUGUUAUUAAUAUUUUUCCUAAUUAAAUAAGUUUAUAAAAAAUAAACAAUUCCGGUGUUUUGUCUGAGGGGUUUUUUGGUUCAUUUUUUUUUUACAUUUCAGUUUUCUGUGAUUGUAUAUAAGGUGUAAUAUCGGGAUGCCAUUUUUA